UAGACUAUGUACAAAUUUAGCCAGUGGGGUUUAUGAUGUAAGUAAACACUCGAUUCAGAUUACUAAAUGACCAUGUUACGUAAACCCCAUUACACAUGUUACUUUUAAGUGUAUUGGGAAGGUUAAGAGUUUAAAUAAGGGUAAUUCAACGGUCACUUCAAAGAUGCAAAAUUUUAGUACCGACGUUUAUUACUUUAUUUGAUUAAUGGGAUAAUUUCUCCGGGUACUAUAUAAACAAGUUUGUUCAGUUGGUGUACUAUCUGUGUAUUCCAACUGAACAGAACUUUGUGUUUUUAUUUUAAAGGUAACCGGACAAUUUCAGAAACCCUAGUGGUAUGAUAAAGUCCUAAAAAACACGAACAGCAUACAAAUUACUUGUCAGCCACAUACACAUACGAGUUUCAUCCGACCUCCCUCUACACCAAGUCGAGUAUAGUCUCACCCCAACUGACACCAAAACCAAGUAUAAAAAGUGGUGGAGGAAAAGAAAACGAUUUCCAGUGGAUGAAGCUUAGAAGUGGUAGAAAAACCAGGACAACCAAACCAAGCAUGAACAACCUUAAAGGAUUUCACCCGUUGUCACCGGCACCGGGAUCCAAAGUUGGAGAAGGAGCACUAGUGAAGGACCUGAAACAAAUAUCAGAAGAAGAAGCAAUCGAGGAAACACACCCAGAUACCAGUGACAACCUGGAACAACCAGAAAACCAGGGAGCUGCGGCGUCAGUGCCAAAGGAAAAGGAAACAACAGAAAAAGGAGCUGCAGGAGUGGACUUUGGUAGUAAGACUCAAAGACAACCAUGGACAGCUACACUAUACUGGUUGUUGAUUUUGAUAAUGUCUCUUUUAACAAUGUGUUCAUCAAUUAACACAGAUUCGGGUUCAACUUUGAAAGUGGAUGGUACGUUGCAGCGUAUUAAUUAUGGCACGGUUUUUAAAGAUAAUGGACAUAUUAUUAUAAGUAAUGAAUAUUGGCGACAUACUUUUGAAGUUCCACUACCAACAUUGCAUUCUAUACAACCUUUUAUAAAUUUUUGUGGAAAAAUUCCUGGAAAUGCAUGUAAUAGUGUUAAAAGCAUCAUAACUAACAUUAAUAUUAUUCAACAAGAAACGAGGGCUAAAAUUGCCCAUCUUUUUGCUUUCAUACAAUUGCAUAUUCCAAUUAUUAAUAUUAAAAAGAAAUCAAAACGCGCAUUGCUACCCUUCAUUGGUAGUCUUUCAAAGUCAUUCUUUGGGACAGCUACAAUGGAUGAUGUAAAUUUACUAGCAUCACAUUUAAAUGCAUUGCAAAAACAAAGUAUAAAAAUGGCAAAUGCGUUAAGUCAACAUGGAUCUCAUCUUUCAUCUUACAUGACAACAUCAAACAGACGCAUGGACAAUAUUCAAUUCGAAGUAAUGAAAAAUUAUUAUGCAAUUGGUAAUAUUACUAAACAUUUUCAGUCUACUAUUACAAAUAUUGAAACUCAUAUUUUAGAUUUGACAAAUUUACUAAAUAUGCAAAGUUAUAAAGCUUCUUCCAUAUCAAGUGAAGUAAAUACAGUUAUAUCAUCUUUGCAGAGUUUGAUUGAAGGAAAAUUAACACCUGUUUUAAUCCCCAUGUAUUCUUUGCACAAAGCUAUACAGGACAUCGACAAUAUAUUAUCAACAAAUUACUCAAGAUUUGCUUUAGUAAAUAAAGAACCUCAAUGGUACUAUCAGCAUGCCACAUUUCAUUUUGGAACAAAUAUCGAUAGAAAUAGUGUUUAUAUAACAAUUAAAUUUCCAAUUUCCCCUGAAAAGGAACCUCUCAAGCUGUAUGAAAUAAUUUCUUUGCCAGUUCCAAUAAAUGCUACUUCAUCUCAUGCAACAAUGUUGUUAAAUUUACCACAAUAUUUAGCUAUUACUUCACACCAACAAUACUAUGUCACAAUGGAAAAGGCAAAUUUGGCAACUUGUAAAAAACAUGGCACUUAUUUAUGCAGUUUCAACAAAUCUCUUACGCCAGUAACACAAAUGUCUUGUGUCAUGGGCUUAUUUGCGAAUGAUAAGUCAGUAGUAAACAAAUUUUGUGAUUUUCGUUUCUUGGAAAAUCACUUGUCACCCACUGCUAUUGAAUUAUCAGCAACAUCUGUUUUAAUUUAUAACAGUUUUAAUCUAGUAAUUGAUUGUCCAAGAUAUCAGGAUAUUAAACAUGGAUGUUCCAUGUGUGUCAUAACUUUAUCUUGUCAAUGUUCAAUAACAACUAAACACUGGUAUUUUCCUCCAAGAUUUGUUAAAUGUCAUAAACAAUUAAAUAAAACUGAAGUUUUUCAUCCAAUUAAUUUAGCUUUACUACAACAAUUUUUUAAUGAGUCUAAAUUAAUUUCUCUGGCAGCAGAUUCUGUGUUUUCUAAACAAGUAAAUGUUUUAUUACCAAUGUUUAAUAUGUAUAAUCAUUCUUUUCAAGAAAGAGUUGUAGCUGACCAAAAAUUACAUUUAAACAUGAAAAAAAUGGUUCAAGCUGCUAAAAAUGAUGAACAAAUCUUCCAAUCUUUAACUGAACCUUUAUUAGAAGGAGAAAUAAAUGUCAAAUCUGUUUGGCCCGAUACAAAUGGAAUUUUAAUAUUAUGUACAUUGGGUCUUACAAUUUUAACCACAAUAGCAUGUAUUUUUUCUAUGAUGAAGAUACGGAAAUUAUCUACAACUUUAUUAAUUUUACAGCAAACAUCACAUGUUCGUUCGGAAGAAUUACCUUCAUUUGUAUUUUCAAAACCAUCAAAUAAAAUUCAAAAAUCAACAAUUCCAUCUAUUAGUUCAAUUUUAGAAUGGGAUCAUUUAAUUCUUGCGUUGCUUAUAUGUACAAUUAUAAUACUUAUCUUUAUUCUGUUCAUCAUAGUAAGACGACGAAAUAAAGGAACUACAGUUUUAUUAGAAUUAACGUCGGGUAAACAUUGUGUUAUUAUUCCACUAAUUUACCUGCCUUUGUGCCCAUCAUUCUUAAAAAUUGAACCCCCUUUUCAUAUUUCUAAUAUUUCAUUAUCAAAUUUUUCAUCUUGUAAUUUAAAGACAGACUGGACGGGAUUUAAAAUUAAAAAUGUUCUAAACGAGCAAUCCUUGGAAAUACAAAAUGUUGUUAAUCUAUCAUGGAUUAACUGGUAUAUAACAUCAAAGGUACUAAAGCAUCCUUAUAUGGCAUACAUUUUAUUGCAACAUGAUGGGUUGCUGACACCAUUACCAGAUAUUAAGGUUCAGGACAACAUACGGUAUUUUAAAAAUGAUAACUGAUUAUAUUAAAUUUCUUUUUGACUUAUUUCAUAUCUAUUUUUAAUAUUUUCAGGAUUAUUUAAGUUGAAGAUGGGCACCAUUAUUUGUUCAUCAAUCCCAAAAUAUGUUAAAGAUAUUAAUGGGUGCACAACACAGGCAUUUCCUGGUGCCACAAUUGCAAGGUUGAGUGAUUAUGUAUCGUCCAAUAGAAUAAAUCUCAAAAAUAAAGAUUUUGUCAUUGUUCAUGUAGGGUCUAAUAAUAUUGCACAAAACCAUUCAGUUGACAUGAUAAUUUCCUAUUAUAGUGAUUUGAUACAUAAUAUUCAAAUUAAAAGCAAAGCGAAAAUUAUAAUUACUUCCAUCUUACCACGGUUAAUAGAUCACAAUAGUACGACAGAAAAUGUAAGAAUAGUAAAUUCACAGUUAAAAAAGUUAUGUGUCAAACGAAAUAUUCAAUUUUCAAAUAUUUAUAGAUCCUUUUUAUGUAACAAUUUACCAGAUGCUUCUUUGUAUGCCCCAAGAGAUGGAUUACAUUUGAAUUUAACUUGAACUUCACUUUUACGCAAGAAGUUCAUUAAUAUAAUUCGCCAUUUGAGUUUAGAAUGUUAAUAUUCAUAUGCAUAUAUAUAUAUAUAUAUAUAUAUAUAUCUAUACAAAUUUUUAGUGUGUUGAAAUAUUUGUAGUUGCCCUAAUUGUCUGUUUUUCUUCUUUAGGGAAAUCUCAUCCAGAACACGAUGUUAUUUUCCAAUGUUACUGUUCCAGAUCUGCAUACAUUUGGAACGGAUAUCAGCCCUAUUCCUAACAACCCACAUAUGUUGUUUGGAAACGCAAUUUUUUUUUUUUUUUAAGAAUAAAAACAGAUAUUUUUUUUUUUAUAUGCUUCAAUUUGUUUGUACAUAUUCAUUUCAAUUAUUUGUGUUGUUGAUUUGUCUUUUUCCCCAAAAUUUUGGAGCUCCAACAUUAAAUGGAGUGGGGGAGUAUUAUUAUAGAGAAGUUUUCAUUAAAUAUUCUUCAAAGUUUGAAAUAUAAUGUAUACAUAGUUUAGUUGCACUUGUCCAUAGAUAAAUGUCCAUGUAUAAAGU